AUGCCAGGCACCCUCAGACCAGCCCUGCUGCCACUGUCACUGCUGCCACUGCUGCUGCUGCACGUCCCACAUGCCACCAGAGCCCAGGUCAACCCCGCCGUGUGCCGGUACCCCUUGGGAAUGUCGGGUGGGCACAUCCCUGACGAGGACAUCUCGGCCUCCAGCCACUGGUCUGACUCCACGGCUGCCAAGUACGGACGGCUGGACUUGGAGGGUGGCGAUGGAGCCUGGUGCCCCAAGACCCCCGUGGCACCAAAUGACCUGAAGGAGUUCCUGCAGAUCGACCUGCACGCCCUGCACUUCAUCACGCUGGUGGGCACCCAGGGCCGCCACGCCAAGGGCCACGGCAAUGAGUUUGCCCCCAUGUAUAAAAUCAGCUACAGCCGGGAUGGCACCCGCUGGAUCUCCUGGAGGAACCGGCACGGGAAGCAGGUGCUGGAUGGAAACACCAACACCUACGACAUCGUGCUCAAGGAUCUGGAGCCGCCCCUGAUCGCCCGCUUUGUCCGCUUCAUCCCGGUCACCGACCACUCCAUGAACGUGUGCCUGCGCGUGGAGCUCUACGGCUGUGUCUGGCUGGAUGGGCUGGUGUCCUACAACGCGCCAGUCGGGCAGCAGCUCGUCCUUCCCGGGGGCACCAUCAUCUACCUCAACGACUCGGUGUAUGACGGGGCCUUUGGCUACAGCAUGACAGAGGGCCUGGGCCAGCUGACAGACGGGGUGUCAGGGCUGGACGACUUCACUCAGACCCACGAGUACCACGUGUGGCCGGGCUAUGACUACGUGGGCUGGCGCAACGAGAGCACGGCCGGCGGCUACGUGGAGAUCACCUUCGAGUUCGACCGCAUCAGGAACUUCACCGCCAUGAAGGUCCACUGCAACAACAUGUUCGCCAAAGGCGUCAAGAUCUUCAAGGAGGUGCAGUGCUACUUCCGUGCCGACGCCAGCGAGUGGGAGCCCGGCGCUGUCUCCUCGGUGCUGGUGCUGGACGAUGUGAACCCCAGCGCCCGUUUUGUCACCGUGCCCCUGCUGCACCGCAUGGCCAGUGCCAUCAAGUGCCAGUACUACUUCGCUGACACCUGGAUGAUGUUCAGUGAGAUCACCUUCCAGUCAGAUGCAGCCAUGUACAACAACUCAGUGCCCCCUGCAGAGGCACCUGUGGUCCCCACCACUUAUGACCCCACGCUCAAGGUAGACGACAGCAACACGCGCAUCCUGAUCGGGUGCCUGGUGGCCAUCAUCUUCAUCCUGGUGGCCAUCAUUGUCAUCAUACUGUGGCGGCAGUUCUGGCAGAAGAUGCUGGAGAAGGCAUCACGGAGGAUGCUGGACGAUGAAAUGACCGUCAGCCUCUCCCUGCCCAGCGAGUCCAGCAUGUUCAACCACAACCGCUCCUCCUCCCCCAGCGAGCAGGAGUCCAGCUCCACCUACGACCGCAUCUUCCCCCUGGGACCCGACUACCAGGAGCCCUCCCGCCUGAUCCGCAAGCUGCCCGAGUUCACCUCGGGGGAGGAGGACACAGGCUGCAGUGGCCCUGCCAAGUCCCAGGCCAGCGUCCCCGAGGGCGUCCCUCACUACGCCGAGGCAGACAUCGUCAACCUGCAGGGCGUGACAGGCGGCAACACCUACUCAGUGCCAGCCCUCACCAUGGACCUGCUCUCUGGAAAGGACGUGGCCGUCGAGGAGUUCCCCAGGAAGCUGCUGACCUUCAAGGAGAAGCUGGGGGAAGGCCAGUUUGGGGAGGUUCACCUCUGUGAAGUGGAGGGCAUGGAGAAGUUCACGGGGAAGGACUUGGCCCUGGAGGGCUUGGAUGGCAGCUCUGACCACCCUGUGCUGGUGGCUGUGAAGAUGCUGCGGGCAGAUGCCAACAAGAAUGCCAGGAAUGAUUUUCUGAAGGAAAUCAAGAUCAUGUCACGGCUGAAGGACCCCAACAUCAUCCGGCUGCUGGCGGUGUGCAUCACAGACGACCCCCUGUGCAUGAUCACCGAGUACAUGGAGAAUGGGGACCUCAACCAGUUCCUGUCCCGCCAGCAGGCAGGCGGCCCCUCUGCUGGCCACACACCCUCUGUCACUGACCUGCGGUUCAUGGCCACCCAGAUCGCCUCGGGCAUGAAGUACCUCUCAUCCCUCAACUUCGUGCACCGGGACCUGGCCACGCGCAACUGCCUGGUGGGGAAGCACUACACCAUCAAGAUCGCCGACUUUGGGAUGAGCAGGAACCUCUACAGCGGCGACUACUACCGCAUCCAGGGCCGGGCGGUGCUCCCCAUCCGCUGGAUGUCCUGGGAGAGCAUCCUGCUGGGCAAGUUCACCACGGCCAGCGACGUGUGGGCGUUUGGGGUGACGCUGUGGGAGACCUUCACCCUGUGCCGGGAGCAGCCCUACUCACACAUGUCUGACGAGCAGGUCAUCGAAAACACCGGGGAGUUCUUCCGCGACCAGGGCCGGCAGACCUACCUUCCCCAGCCCGUGCUAUGCCCUGACUCAGUCUAUAAGCUAAUGCUCAGCUGCUGGAGACGGGACACCAAAGACCGUCCCUCCUUCCAGGACAUCCACCGCCUUCUCCAGGACUCAGCCAGAGAAGAAUGACCCUUGGCUCCCGCCUGUCCUGGUCCCCAUCCUUCCCUGUCCCCGGAGGAGCCCCAUGUGCAAACAGAAGCCACUUCACUCGGACUUAGCCAAACAUCCUGAGCAGCUGCUCGUGUUCUCACAGUGCAGUGAGGCCUCAGAGGAGACCCCAAGGACACAAACCCCACGGCGUGGACGGCUCAGACCUCCUGCUUCCCUGCAGACCCGAGCCUGGGAGCAGCACGGGCUGGGGGGAGGGUUAUUUAUUGAAGCAGUGUGUUCUGGUGCCAAGGACUGGGACAGAGCAGCUUCUCUUCCCCGGCUGGAGGGGAUGAGCUUCAGCUGGACCUGGGUGAGGAAACUCUGCCCACAGACAGGGCAGGUGCUCUGGGGAAGGGAUGUGUGCCCAGCAGCCAGAACCUGCCUCAGGAGGAGCUGGGAGCUCCACCCGCUCUUAGCGGGCUGUGCAUGGGUGAAACAAAGACUCCACGGACAUUUGGGGCUUUGGACAAUGUCACAAUGCCACAUGGAGAGGCAGGAAGAGCCCUCCCAGCUGCUCAGGGAGAAGCCUGAGGGCUCUCCUGGCACCUCACCCAGCUGCUGGAGUGUGCAGCCAGGGAGGAGUGGGCGUCCUGUGCCAAGGGGACAUUCCCUCACCGACCACAGCUACUCCAGGGCAGCUCAAGUGCCCAGGAAAUUCAUUUUGGAUGCCCCACGGGU